UUUUUUUUUACUGAGUUAUUCAGCAUUGAAGCAAAAAUGGUUCCUUUUUUCAAUGUUAAAUAAAUCGGUGAAUAAAAAUCGUACAACGCUCAACAAGUAUGUAAAUUCAAAAUAAAGAUUUAUGCUUUCGAACGUAAACAUCCGUCGAAACAAAUCACGUUUUUAUAAAAAAUGGGUAUAACCAGUAAUAAUCACCUGAUUUUUUACGGAGCUAUACUAAAAAUAAAGAUUGUUUACGGCAAAAUUUAUUACAAACUUUGCAAUUUUAUUUGACGUGAAUUAAAAGUCGCACACAAAUGCAGUUUACAGCGCUCGAAAACAUGAAUCUUUAUCUUUAAUUUGCAUACUUGUUGAGCGUUGUACGAUUUUUAUUUACCAAUUUAUUCAACAUCAAAGAAAAGAACCAGUUUUGCUUUAAUGCUAAAUAACUCAGUAAAAAAAAUUGCAGUGCUCAACAAAUAAAGGUAAAGAUUUACGCUUUCAGAUACUGUAAAUUGCAUUGUGUGCAAUUUUUAUUUCACGCUGUACAACUUGGCAAAAUUUUUAUAAGAUUUUGACAUUUGUCGGAUUUUUUUUACGAACUUUGCUAAGCUCUACAGCCUGAACUAAAAGUUCCACUAAAACGCAGUUUAUAGCAUUUAAAAGCGUGAAUCGGUUACCUAAGUCGGUUAAGACGUGUAUGAUGUGAUUUUGGACCUGAUGUUAUUUGAGUGUUUUCUUGUAAUGUAUAUGUAAUUAACUACGUUUUAAAUAUAUUUUUGUUAAUGUGAGAAAUUUUAUAAUUAAGUUUAUAAGUUACAAUAAUUAAAACAUAUAAAGUUUGUGUUUUAUAUAUCAUUGUGUAUUCGGUUUAAAAUAGCACUAAAUAGAAUGAGAUUGCAAAUAUGUAGAAUGAUCUAAUAUUAUCAUUAGUACACUAAUUAUUAUUGUUUAAACUUGCAAUUUGCAAAAAAAUUGUGUAGAUUUCAUUCUUGUUUUCGAAAAAAUUAUUUUUAACAGAUUUUUAUACAAAAAACAUAUAAACGUAUAAAAUAUAGGGUUUUUACAGUUUUUCUUUAAUUAUCCAAGCAGAUCAUGUUUUAUCAGCACAUGUUCCGUGCUGGACUAAUUUUAUGUGAUUUGCCUACCUCAUUAAGUGGAUUACCAUGGUUAUUAUAUUUAUAAAAUUUGCAUAAUUAAAAAAAAUUACAAAAAAGUAUAAUUACAAAGGAAAAAGUCUAAUAUACAGAAUAUUAUUAAUAUUGCACUGUAUGUCAUAAUUAUGUAUUUACAUAAUAUUAAAAAAUAUUUUAUGGUUACGUUUCUCUUUCGUAGGUAACAAGCUGAUGUUAUUUAUUAUCACUUCAAUGUCAAUAUAACAUUUUUGAUGACAUUUUGACGAUAAAAUGACGACAAAUAAUGUCAACAUACUUGGAUUGUGGCCGUUAAUUCUUUCUUUCAUUUUAUUCGAAAUCUACCUUUUUUUUUCGAAAUUACGUGAAAAUAAUUUUUCGGCAUAUUAAUAUUAGAUACAUAUGUCGAAGGUUGAUGUGACAAUGAGUAACAAUGAGUUCAUUAUUAUAAUAUUUUCGACGUUUUCAUUGACCUAUCCUUCAAGAUUGUAACUGUCGUAUCUUUUACCUUUUCCUUCCAUUUACGAGUGGAUUGCACGAUUCUUUUGAAACGGCUCCGUUUAGGUGUCGUUCUUUGUAUCUAAAGCGAUAGCUUAACUAGACAAGAGCAGAUCGAAGUAGUACGAUUCUUCUCGCAAUAAACUGUAAGUGUCGAAACGUGAAGAGACAAUAUGUCUGAAGAUAUAUGAUUAAAGUGAAUGUGAGAAAGUGUUGUUGGAUGUUUCAAAGAAGCGUGCAUACAGAUGUAUUGAAAAAUUAAAAAACACUAUUAUAUUUAUUAAGUGAGAGGAGACUGUCAUAUUUAUUAAAUGAGAGAAGCGAGAAACAGAAGUAGAGACCAAACGUGCAAAUAAAAAUAAAAAGAUCUAAAGAAAAAAAAAAUCUAUAGAAUUUUGUCCAGAUAUUCUAUCGGGAUAUUGAAAUACCUUAAAGGCAUUCUAUAGAAGUCUACACAUAUGUGAGAUAUUAAUAGAACAUACUAAUGUCCAUAUUUAACAACGUAGAGAUAUAUCAGCAGUUUAAGUAAAAUAUAUUUUUACUCCUGAGAUAUUUGUGAUUAUUGUUUAUUGCACAGUAAAGGAAAGUUGUUAAUACGAGCAAAUAGCCCUUUUAAAAUGACACUUACUUAUUUUUCGGAAACUAAAUAUUGCACUGUAUUAAUAUUAAAGGCAUGAAUUAAUGCUUAAAGCACGAUUUGCUUAAUUAUUAAAAAAAUAAAAACUAAUAGUUCCUACAUUUAUGUUUUUUAAUAUAAUAUCUGUUAAAAACAAAUUUUUGAAAAGCAAGAAUAAAAUUUCCACAUUUUUUUCUUGUAAAUUGCAAUCCUAAUAUGUACAAUUAGCAUAUUAAAAAAUUGAAAGUUUUUAAUUCAAAAAACUAUAAAAACAUUGGUAUUUUACGACAUAUAAGAACUCAUUUGAAAGCUUAUGAUUUUUCACUGGAUUUUCCACUAAGAAAUUGCAUUAAAAUGUUAACAAAAAAUCGGAAACUCAAAAGUUUCAAUUAAAAUUUUGUACUUGUAAUUAGUUUGUUAUUGAUAAUACCACGAAUCAAUUUUUCGUAUACAAAAAGAAAAGAAAUAACGUUGAAAUCUGUUAAUUUAAUUGUAUAGAAAUAUAAGACAGGCUUAAUUUGUAUAAUAAUAAUACGGCUGUGCUACAUAAUAGAAUACUGUUUUAAAUUUGGAAUUUUGGAAACCCUAUAACUUUAGAACAAAAAAUCGAUACAAAAUAAAAUUUAUACAUAAAUUUGUUUUUAGCUCAACGAGAUCUUUUAUUUGAUACUUAUUUCAAUCCUUUAUUUCACUGCCUCUGAAUUGUGGUAACAUCUCGGCCGCUCUUUUUGAGUAAAAUACUUAAUAUAUAUUUUUAUAAAUGUAAUUAUUUACAUAAUCUUAUUUAAAUAAAUCAAUUAUAUAUCAAGUUUUGGUACAUGUUCUCUUGUCCAUAUAUGCAUUAUCUAUAUAUUCUGAUUGAUAGAUUGUUCUUAUAUAGGAGUGUGUGUGUGUGUGUGUGUACGUGUGUUUAAAAUUGCAUGUAUUAUUGAACCUGUAAUAAAUAAUAAAUGAGCCUGAAUACUUAUUUAAGAAAUGAGAGAACGCAGUAAAAAUUUCAGUUUUAAUUCAAAAUAAUAAAAUAAUGUAGAAGUUGUAAUUCUAAUUUAUUGAUACAUUUUAGAUAUUUUAUUUACUCUCUCUGUAUAUUUAUAUUAGUCUAAUCACAGAGGCUAACGUGAAAUUGGCUUUCACGAUUAAGAUUAAAUCAUUCCUUGGUUGCCUUAAAAACAGAUCGUAAGAAAUAAAAAGUCGUAAAAUGAAAUCAUAAAAUGUAUGUGUCACUUCGGAUAAAGAUAUAAAUCAUACAGUAGAAAAAAAUAUAUGUAAUCGGCUAUGACACAAGACUCCGUAAUAGUUGUAGUAGUAGUAGUAAAAGGCACGUCCGGGAUGGGUAAAAAACAAACCGCUUCAGGUAGCUGUCUGUAGUAUAAACAGAAUAGUAAAUGUAGUAGGAAUGGACGGGCCUGUGUCUCACUAUCCCAGCGAGAAUGAUAAUAGAAUCGACAUCAAAUUGACAUUAAAAUAAUAAUUUUGACGUUGAAUGUAUUAAUAUUUCUCGCUGUGCUGGAGAACCGCUUGUGACAUUAUGCACCAUACUAGAAGAGUAGGGAACGGAUCGAGUCAGACACAAGCGGCUCCUCAAAGUAAUACUAGCCUACUGAUGUUUCUUUCUUUUUUCUCAUGUUUCUUUCUUUUUUCUCAGGAUUAUUUCGCCGGCUUUUUCAUCCAGUGCAUAAUAAUGUUGUUUGUGUUAUUCGCUGAUUUUUACGAUUCUUACGCAAUCCUGGAACCUCGUUGCAUGGACCUCGAAAACAUGGACGUUUUCGGGGUAUAUAUAUCAGGCGUUAACAAACAAUCCUUUAUUAUCGCGCUCUACUCGGGACACGUUCGAUAGUCAAUUCCUUCUUAGAUAUGUCGUUCAAGAUUCCGAGACUUCUUUACUUUCUCAGUGUCAUCAUCGUAAUCAUUUUGCCGAAGUCAAGUGGACAACCGCAACCGAAACGAUACCGUAGUCUUUAUGGCAAUGAUGUAAGCGAACACGAGUUAACAAAUAUACUUGGAAUAGGUAUUGGAGCCUUGAACUUCCUGAUGCAAGGUCAACGUGAUAUGAAUGAGGAGGUGCCUGACGUGAUUCCGCAAUUUGGAACAAUGUACGAUUUCAUAGUAAUUGGCGCCGGUACGGCUGGCGCUACGAUAGCUGCAAGAUUAAGUGAGAUUCGCAAGAUUAAAGUGUUGUUGAUCGAAGCUGGAUCUAACGAAAAUUUGCUGAUGGACAUCCCGCUUUUUGCCUCCAAGCUGCAGUUCAGCAAUGAUAUUAAUUGGAAAUACCAAACAAAAACAUCCAACAAAUACUGUCUUGGUAUGAGUAACAAUAAGUGUAAUUGGCCUACAGGAAAAGUGGUUGGUGGCAGCAGCGUAUUAAAUUACAUGAUUGCAACCAGAGGCGGUGCCAAGGAUUACAAUCGAUGGGCUAAAAUGGGAAAUGUAGGCUGGGUUUACAAGGAUGUUCUCAAAUAUUUUAAAAAGCUGGAAACCGUAGAUAUCCCAGAGCUACAAUCGGAUACUGCUUAUCACGGAACUCAGGGACCGUUGCAUAUCUCUUACCCAAAAUUCCAUACGCUAUUGGCAGAGGCCUUCCUAGAAGCCGGCAAAGAGUUGGGAUAUCCGGUGUUGGACUAUAACGGAGAAAAUAUGAUAGGAUUCUCGUAUUUGCAGACCACGACUGUAAAUGGCACUCGUAUGAGCAGCAACAGAGCUUAUUUACAUCCUGCAAGAAAUCGUCCCAAUCUUCAUGUGACACGCGAAAGCAUGGUGAGAAAAAUCCUGAUCGAUCAACGUACGAAUCGGGCGAUUGGUGUAGAGUUUAUCAAAAAUCGUCAAAUUAUCCAAGUGUUUGCAAGCAAAGAGGUAAUUUUGAGCGCGGGUACCAUCGGAUCACCACAAUUAUUGAUGAUGUCUGGCAUUGGACCGGCAAAACACCUUAGCGAGCUUGGAAUAAAAACUGUUCAGGACUUGCCAGUGGGUGAAAAUUUGAUGGACCACGUAGCUUUUGGCGGGCUAACGUGGAUAGUGAAUGAGCCGAUAAGUCUCCGACUGUUCGACAUGAUAAAUCCCACUCUUCCGUAUAUGAGAGACUUUCUGAUGGAACGCAGAGGACCAUUUACAAUCCCGGGAGGGUGUGAGGCUAUCGCUUUCAUUGACACCAAAAAUUCCAAGAAACGUGACGGUUUGCCAAACGUGGAAAUGGUUUUUAUCGGUACUGCAUUUAAAGGAAAUAUUAUUCUUUCAACUUUAAUGGGUUUCAACAAUCAAAUGAGUCAGAUAUGGCAGAAAUAUAGUAGCAAUUACGGUUGGAGCAUACUACCAAUGUUGUUAAAACCAAAGAGUCGUGGACGAAUAAGACUACUAGCCAAUGACAUUAAUGUUAAACCCGAGAUUGUUCCGAAUUACUUUGAUGAUCCAGAAGAUGUUAAAACGAUGAUUGCUGGCAUUAGAGCUGCAAUAACCGUCGGUCAGACGAAAACAAUGCAGAUGUUUGGUUCACAAUUGUCGAACGAUACUUUUCCCGGAUGCGAAAACUAUCAAUAUGACUCUGAUGAUUAUUGGGAGUGUGCAGUAAGAACGGCGACUUUCGCAAGCUUUCAUUAUACUGGUACUUGCAAGAUGGGACCGAGAGGAGAUCCAACUGCAGUCGUCGAUCCUAGAUUAAAGGUGAUCGGUGUUGAAGGACUGAGAGUAGCAGACGGUUCUAUUAUGCCCGAGAUUAUAUCGGCGCACACAAAUGUACCUAUCUAUAUGAUUGCCGAGAAGCUGGCAGACAUGGUCAAAGAAGAUUGGGGAUAUUUGAACAAUUAAUAAACGUAAAGUACUAUGAAUGUACAGGUAUAUAUUCCGUUGACAGCAAACUUUUUUUUGAAAACACAUUUUUUUCUUUUUAAUGAUUGUAAUGACCUUACAUGUCAAAAGUUAAAGCUUAAGAAGCAUGAUCUAAAUAAUGAUAUAUGUCAUAAAUAUAGAUCGAUGUAUAAAACGCACAUGUUAAGCAAAUAUUUCUACGGAAGAAUAUAAAAAAAGAUAUAUUCUUUAUAGACUUUGGAAACUAAUUAAUUUUGCUUCUCAUCAAACAAUUUUAUGGUUGAACGGAGAAGAAGUAAAGAACAGAUUCUAAAUGUAUUUUAUCGCUGUUGCAGUAAAUUUUAUUUUUUUACACUUAAACAUUUCGCUUAGUUCGUAUAUGUGGUAAAAUCAAAAGUAUUUCAAUCAUUUUUAUGCAUUUUGUAUUACAUUACAUAUCGAUACAUCAUACAAGACAUUUAAAAUGUAAUAAAAGUUAGCAGUAAAUAAAUAAAAAACGUGUAGAAUUAUAAAAUGUUCGUCGAAAUUGCCCAUCAAUGGAUUAAGAUUUUACAUUUUGGUUCUAUUUUUAUUAUAGAAUGAAGUCUGUUGUCUAGGCUACAAAAAAUUUUGCCGUUCCUCAUUUAGACAUUUGUAUGAUACAACAAUUUAUUUAUUGGAAAUGUAAGCGUUUAAGUACGCAAAUGUGCGAUGUGUUUGUUUAUACAUAAGUAAUGCAAUGAAUCACUUUACCUUAAUUGCUUUGCUUCCGAUAUGAUAAGAUAACAAGGUAUCGAGUAUUAUGGUAAAUCCGAAUCCGUCAAUCGCUGAAAUAAGAUAAAUAAGGAUCUUCGAAAGGAUAUGGUUUUUCAUGAUGUUAUUUUUAUAUUAAAUCUGACGUAAUUUUUAGCUUGAACCUUUUGCUAGAAUUAAGAAUAGUUAAACAUGCAGUAAAUUUCUGUACGUUUUAUUUAAAUUCUUUAUGAACAGAGCACUUUUGUUCCUCGUGUUUGAAACGAAGCGGUGAAUCAAUAAAGAUAUGAUAUGAUAUCUUUAAUACUUCUACACGCUCCAACUAUUUUAUGUAACUACACCAAUCAAAACUAAAUGAAAUAAAAAAGAAAUUGUUCAAG